AUGCCACUAAUCGGUCCGUAUCAGAUCCCUUUUCCUUUCCCACCAUACAAACUUCAAGAACAUGCCGUCACGGAGCUCCGAAAAUUUCUCGAUGCGGGGGUGGAGGUUGGGGCCAGCGACGAGCCGCCCGAACCAACGGCGUGUGGCCGAUUCGAUUCACAGUCGCCUCUAGGCGAGUCGGCAUCCACUUCCUCGCCGCGGGUGGUGGUGUUGGAAUCACCGACGGGGACGGGGAAAUCCCACAUCUUACUAAGCAGCGCGCUCUCUCACUUGUUCUCCCCGGUAUACCCUUCCACGGCGGCGACCGGGGAAAUCGCGCGGGAGGCCAAAGGCGAUCCGGCGCUCCGCGCCUCCGGGGACGCACCGACGGCGGGCCCCCCGACGUCCUUGCGCGAGGUCCUCCGCCAGCGCCAGCUCGAGGAGCUUAUCGCGCAGCUAAAGCGCGAACGGAAAGAGCGGAUGAAGCUGCGGCGUCGACAGCUCCGCGCGGCGACGAAGGCGCUCGCCGCACAGGCCGCCAUCCCCACCUCACACGACAGCCCCCCCGCUAAAAACGGCGCGGAGGAUUUUCUCAUCCCCCAACAACGACCCGACGUCGGGGAAGGCGACGACUGUCUUUUCACGCAAGGGGCGGCGAGGCCUGGAUUCGUCCCCGGGCCUCGCUUUUCCCGCUCUUUUUCGUCGUCGUCGUCCUCGGCGUCGUCUGCCAACUCCGAGGACGCGACGCCGUACCGGACGAUGGAGGACCUCUCCGGGCUUAUCCCGCUGCGGAAGCCCAAGGCCUACUUCGCGAGCCGCACGCACACCCAACUCCAGCAGCUUCUGGACGACCUCCGUCGGACCGAUUUCGCGCGCUUUCCCAUUCGCCCCCACCCCCCGCGGGGCGGGCGGCCUGAGGGAAGGCCGGGGGGGGAAUCGCCCCCCCCCGCUCGCGCCCUGCGCGCCGUCCACGUCGGGGGACGCCAGCAGCUCUGCAUCAACGCCCCUCUACGCCGAAGGGCGGCGCGGCUUUCCGCCUCGUCCGGGGAGGCCUUGAAUGAGAUGUGCCUCGAGGCGAUGCGGUUUGAGCACUCCGCGAGCGGCCGCGCGCUUCGCCGCCGCGCGGGGGGGACUUCGCGGAAGGCCGAUGCCCUCGGCGACAUCGAGGACCUCGGGGGGGGGCCUCGGGCUUCCCCCCGGGGGAAAAAGAAAAGGGCUGCGCGUACUGCGCGACGGAGCGCCUGCAUGCGCUGA